AUGACGUUCGUAUCGGCGGCAAGCACAUCCACCACAGCUGCAGCAGUUGCAGCAGCUGCAGCGACGUCAUCGUUGACGUCAUCGAAAUCCAAAGACACCACAAAACACUACCAACACCAUAGAAGCAGCAAAAUUUAUAAUUCCGAACUUUCCUAUAUGGCCGAUGAAAGUCAUGAAAAAAGCGUGAAUAAAAAUUUUGACCAAAAUGUUGACAAAGGUGAGAAUAGAAGUUUUGGGAUUAGCCUGGACAAAAGUUUCGACAAAAACAUGGAAAAAACUGUGGAUGGCAAGGAUUCUUAUCCAAAUACUGACGUCACAGACGGCAAGUGUGUGGAUAGGAAGGAUUGCAAAUCAGAAUCAGGGACAUGUUCGUAUUAUAAGAGGGGCUCAUUCAGAUCGUCUUUAAUUUCAAACGCGUCAUCAACAACAUCCACGUCAUCUGGACUGAAAUUAAGAAGCUUGGUCUCUAAAAACGCUCCAGAAGCUGCCAGCAGCAGCAACAACAACAACAACAGCAACAACACUAACAACAACAACAGCAGCAACAAAGUAUGCAAGAGAUUAGAUGAAUGUGCACAUUUCCAUUAUGAGACUGUUGAUUUGAAGACUAUUGAGUUAUCCCUAGCAGAGGACAAUUUUGAUGACCCAUCGUCUGAGAAGUGGCUGAUGAUUGAAGUUACCUCAAAAGGAGAUAAGCACUGGACAAUUAGGAAAAGUUAUCAGGUUUGUUGA